AUGUCAGCGAUAGGAUCCGUGUCGAUUUCAAUAUUUCUUUUUAUUCUGACUCUUCCUUGUCUAAAUUACUACAUUCUGUUCAUUAGUGGAAGUGGUGCUUUGGUAGGAGCAACACCUGAUGAUUCAUCGCUCAUCAAAAGUUGGGAACAUGACAACCUGGAUAACGAUAAAUUCAUUACAAAAGGACACGUCCACCGACGAACCAGGUCAACGAAUUGUCGACCCAACACGGGCCAUUCUAGUUGCGAGACCGUUUCAGCAAUUCCUCGAUUUAUUCGAGAAAAAUACAAUUUGGAUCCGUUCUAUGAGAAAUACACACAUGCUAACCGGAUACCCAUCAUCUCAUCCAGGCAGGUAUCCUAUACCGCGCUUGAAAGAGCCUGCUACACUGUUCGGUUUCUGAUGAUGGAUAGAGCGGAUAUCCGCGAGGCUCUUCACAACGGAGGAGCACGGGUAUCCGUUCUUGGUAUUAAUGAAUUAACUAAUGAGAUACCUGAAUAUAGAUAUCUGGAUGAUUCUUGGAACGAACGUACGCGCAGUCUCGGAGGAACACCUGAAAAUCCGGUAACGGUGACAGCUGAAGAAAACCUCAUCUGCGCUGAUGAAUCAAUCGAUCGAUGGUCUGAGGAAGACAUCAUCGUACACGAGUUCGUCCACGCCAUCCACCUUGUCGCUAUCGACUUCAUCGAUACAAGCUUUAAGGAUAGGCUAAAAAACGCAUUUCUUGAUGCAUUUCGCUCAGGGCUUUGGUCUAAUCAUAUGGGUGGAACCAACAUCAAUGAGUACUUGGCCGAGGGUGCGCAGUCAUUCUUCAACGUCAACGUCCAUCAAGAUACCGAUGACGACCUCCACAAUAACAUCAGUACCCGUGAAGCCCUCUAUGGCUAUGACCGUCAACUCUAUGAUAUCCUGAUGGAGAUAUUUCCAUGUGGCAACCAACUCCUGGAUCGAUGCAGAAAUCAAAGUGAGACGAUUUCUUGGCCUGUGCGGCGAGACUGUGUCUCCUCACCCUCGACACCAAGCGUCGACCAGUAUACUGUAUUAUCAACUUUAGAAACGCCUUCGAGAACGAACACGACAUCGUCGAUAUCAAUGGGACACACCAUGUCGACGCCGUCAGAGUCGACGCGGAGUACAAUCGUAACUGAUGAAGGAUCAGUGACUAGAGUCACAGUCAGUGAGGGGAACCCAAGAAAUAUGUCAUCAUUGAUACCUGGUUGCUCAGAUAGGAUAUCAUUAUGUGGUGAUCUGGUAUCGGUCAAAGAGUGCAACAUUAAUCCCAUCAAGAGAUCACACUGCAUUAAGACCUGCCAAUUAUGUCCAGGUUGCCAUGACUACCAUCGUCUCUGUGGUGUCCUAUCGGAGAAAGGCUUCUGCAGAACGAAGAUUGAGUACAUGUUUUCGGUUUGCCCAAAGAGCUGCAAUGUGUGUAAGAAGUAGUAUCAUAGCUGAUCUACAAUCAAUGGGAAGAAAGAAGACUGGGCCUCUUUUCACCAUUUUCACAAAUUUUGUUUUAGACAAGACCAUGAAGACACUAGAAGCAAACAAUUUAGCGCAAAUAGAAGAAUAUCCUACAUUAAUUAAAGUAUGAAAAAUGAUUAAAAGAAAUACCCAUGGUUACACUUCAAUCGUCAGCCCCCGCCCCCCUUCAUCAAGCUUAUUACUCUAGUAACUAUACCUGAAAUUCUAAGUUUUAUGACUCAAUUGGGAUUCGAAUAACGGGCGGGCGCUGUACCACUGAGCCACCAGUGCCAUUCAGAUAUGUUCCAGUGGCAUGACACCCAGUGCAUGGUAUGAUGGGGGGGGGGGGGGCGAAAUUGUUUUUCCCCCACAAGAGUUCCGGACCACAAUAUGAAUAUGCAUAACUUGCAUGUGUGUAGAGUGCAUGGUACCAAGAUUUAAUUUCAAUAUAAAUUAUGCAUGGUGGCUCAUUUGAUAAAAGGCCCGCCUCGUGACCCGGCAGGUCGUGGGUUCAAUCCCCGGCUGAGUCAUAGGACCUUCUGUCUUUUUUGUCAGACGCUUGAUCAACGUAUGAAAAUGGAGAACGGGUAUAAUGAUGUCAUGCAGGGCCAGCUGGAAGAAAAGAUGACAGCUGGAGAGAAUUUCAUGAAAGGAGUUGUCAGACAGUUUAUCAGUUACCAUAGUAACACUGCUUCUUAGCCAAUCAACAUUAAGGAGAGCUGUCAGAUCUUACACCUUGUCGGACACAAAUCUUGAUGAACAUUCCCAGUGGUUAGCCUGCAUGUGUGAAU